GGGACUAUUAUAUUCGACAUUUAGUUGCGGCAAAACGAGCUUGGCCGCCUAACUUCUCUCGCCUUUGCUUGAAUAGUAUCACUGAUGACUAGGGCUAGAACAAGUUGACAAAUGGGUUUCCCGAAACCUGGCUUAGGCUGGCUGCCAGUCUUAUGGUCGUUGUUCGCGGGAAUAGCCAUUGCCKUAUGUUACUCCAUCGCUGCAUCCAACAAGCACAUAUACCCCUUUGUACCCGCGAUAAGUGACACUGGGUUAAAGAUUCCAGAGAAUGCAAUCUUUGCCGAAAGCUUCAACUUUAUAGCUUAUUCCGUGCUUGUACUUAUGGUCAUCCGUUAUUUCCAAGUCAGGGAGAUACUCUURACUGGAGCCGUCGAAGAAGCGCCAAAAGAAACCAUGCUCAAGAAUCUAAAUCGCGGUUCUGUCGUCCUUGGCUCUUUUGCUGCCUUGGGAGCGACUUUAGUUGGCAAUUUUAAGUCUGAAAGGGAACAUCAUUCCAUGAUGGUUGUUCAUGACUUUGGCAGUAUUUUACUAUUUGCUGGUGGUGCCUUCUACUUCUGGGCUCAGACGAUCUUGACCUACCACUUCGCUAAAGCUGGUCUCAACUCAACGUGCAUGUUUGGUUUCCGUCUCGCUAUAACCGUUCUCAUGACUAUAUGUGGCAUCGUGUUCUUCGUGGCUGAAAUCCCUGCUUACAGGCAAUUCUUACUCAGUGGAACUAAGCGUACCAUCCAACAAUGGCGACCAGAAGACGGGGGGUACACGCUACACGUCGUAAGCAAUGUCAGUGAGUGGAUAGGAGCGUCCUGUUUUACAAUAGUAAUCUCGACGUUUUAUGGCGAAUUCCAGAAAAUAUCACUAAGCGUGAACUGUAGCUUGGAUGGCUAUCAAGGGCUUGCAAAAUAUUCUACAUUUGGACGAAUUAAUGGGGACAAUGGCGGUAACGAGAGCGAUGAUUAAACAUUGAUAUACACCUAUAAGAACGUUGAUAUUGGACAAUGGUCCAUGUGUAAGAUGUUGUGAUUUGUAAGAAGUCGUUAACCUGAUAGUCAAUUGUUAUAAAGAUUCUUGUAUGUCGCUAAUAUAUUGAAAACUAGUUAACUUGCAGAAUUGAAUUUAGGUCAAAUCAGUUACACACUGCAAAUUGGACUACUUUCACAAUACCAACUAUUCUCAGGUCGACAUUCUCCAUUAUCAACGUUGACUGGAACUGGUGUACAUAACCACGAUUUCAGGUAGUCCUUGCUCUUGAAAUCGAGGUUGAUAGGUAAUGAUUACACAUAUCUGGACUUAUCAUCGACAAACGUGAACGUUCUGUAGAAAGCAUUCAGUUUGGUACAGUGUCCAGGUAAUGUCCAGAAUUGUGUAACCAAGGGGUUGGUAUUGCUUUUCAAAUGAACUUUAUUUAUGAAAUGGGAGGGCUGUUUAUUUUAAAAAAUGAACUUUAAAUUAUUAUAUAUAUGAAAUGAAUGGGUAGGAUGAUUAAUAUCGAAUACAUGCAAUUAAAAUAUAUACAAACAGUCAAACAAAUUGAAGAGGUUAUAAUGGAAAAGAAUUCUGGGUUAUUAGCAAAAUUAAUAACAACAUAACAAGGCUAAAAGACAUUAGCUGGGAAUCUUAGCACAGAAAGUGACAACCAUUUUGUUUUUAAUGUUUUUCAAAAAGAACUUGAGGUGAAAAGUGUAACGUCUUUAUGUCUUGAGUACUUAGUCUGGUGGAUUCUUGCGCGUUGAUAAUACGCGUAGUAGCUCGGCAUAGAAGUUCAGUGUUACAGAUGUUGAACUAGGGUACAUUCUUGUACGAAUGGAGGAAAGCAAAUAACGUGACAUAUCUAACAGUUUAAAACAUGUUUUAUUUUUAUACGAUUAAUUCUGAAAUUUCCUAGCAUGUUAAUUAGUAGAGAGACGUUAAUGUGGAAUCCAUGCAAUGUGGCCGAUGUAGGAAUUGUCAAAUUACAUAGUUUUGACCAUACGUCCUUGCUAGUUUUACCUUAACUGUAAUUCUUUAUUGAUAACGAAAUAACAACUUGAAAGUCUAAAAAGAACUAUGGAAAGACUUGGUGCUUWUCGUUUAACAUCGACGCAAUAUUGGAUUCAUAAUUUCCGUCAAUUAGCAAUAUAAAAUAUUCGGGACAACAUAGCCUAGAGGACCUUCUCUCGGAAUAACAUGUUUAAGGGAAUAAAUAAUACAAUAUGAGUUUAAUGGGAGAUGUUUAUGUAAAGACAUGAACAGUACAAAUGUAUUUAUUUUUGUUUUCUGGUGGUAUAGAAAUAAAUCAUGCAUAUUUACAAGGUGAA